AUGGUAUACUGUGGACCACCGUCCAAAGCAUGCAUAGCUUGCCGCCGGCGAAAAAUCGGAUGUGACCAAAACCCCCGGGGUUGCCGCCAAUGUGCAAGGUCAAGAAAACCAUGCCCCGGAUACCGAGACUAUAUCGACUGCCUGUUCAAAGACCAGACCCAAUGGGCCCGAAGAAAGGUUGUCGCGGCUAGCAACCGGAGUCAAUCUAUACCCGACACCCCGAAUGGUGAUCGACCCGUGAAGAACGAUACCCCGCCCGCAAUUGGGGGUGAUGGUCCGUCAAUCGCUGCCGGAAAACUUCGGCGAUCUGAUUCAACGUCCCGCUGCACUUCACGGGACCGGGACCCAGUUGACAUGCCACAUGCCCUGGCCCUGGUACCUUCAAUCCCCACCAAGUUGCAAGAUCUCGGAACCACGGUGUUCUUCCGACUGUAUGCACAGUUUCGUCACGCGGACGACUCCGGCGUCCCAUGUCCUGCAUUCUUUGAUUAUGCGGGUACGGUCCUUUCGGGCGACAGCGCCAACCGCAUAGUCUCGACUUGUAUCGAAGCAGUUGGCCUGGCCAGUGUAGCCAACAUGCAACAAGACACACAUAUCAUGGCCCGAGCAAGACGAGGAUAUAUUGCGGCAUUGAGGGGUGUCCAUAACGCCCUUCGAAUACCGUCUGAAGCAAGCAACGAUACAACCCUGCUGGCCGUCAUGCUCCUGAACUUAUUCGAGCAUAUCAACUGCUCGGACAGCGGGUUCCUAGAUGUCUGGACACAGCAUGUAAACGGAGCCGCACUCUUGGUCCAAUUGCGCGGAAGGCGGCAGCUUACCUACCAAACCGGGUUGCAGCUGUUCGAACAAUUCUGCCAGACUCUCACAUCCAACUGUAUACAGAACGGGAUACCCGUACCUCAGUAUAUUGUUGAUCUCCGAGAACAGUGCGCACAAUACCUGGACACGAAAUCCAUCUUCUGGCAGAUAAGCGACGCGACGAUUAAGGUGGCCCAGCUGCGCUCAAUGGUUGUGCUCAAACGCAUCGAUAACCCGGCCCAAGUCCUACGGAAAGCUCUGGACAUAGACCAGGAGCUCAAGGUUAUCGAGGCACGUCUGUGGAUAGAAAUGCCCUACACAACCUGUUCGGAUAGCCUCGAUCCCAGGUUUCACAGAGGGACCUACCAUCUUUAUCCGGGCGUCGGGGCGCUUCAUGCGUGGAACAGUCUACGCAUCGGUCGCUGCCUCCUGCACCAACUGAUAAGGGCGCAGAUGCUCAAGGGGUUUUCGUCCAUCCCUCCCUUGUUCCUGACUUCUUAUUGUACCGGCCUAUUCGAGACCUCGCUUGGAACUUUGCUACAAGCAAUUGACGAUAUCCUUUGCAGCGCGCCGCAACCCCUGGGUUGGACACAGGGGUCACCUUCAAUGCCUAAAGGGAGCGAACAGGUGUCCAAAUCGACCCUUGCGGGUUCAAAGCUGCUCAUCUGGCCUUUCUACGUUGUCAUUCACAUCAGCAUUAAAAUUGGCCUGUUCGAUCACGUCGACGGGAUUGAUGGGUGUAUGAUCAAUGUCCUGGAGGACGCGGGACGGCAGACAGGUAUAUUGGCAGCAACCCUACUGGCCAAGCUAUUAAGGCAGAAUCAACUACGCGCGCGCUUCCCAGACAUAAUUCAGAAUGGGUUCGAUAUGGGAGAAUUAGGCUCUCCCUGA